AUGGAUCAAAUGCAUCAGCUUUGCGCUCCAUACGGUGCUGUUCUUACGCCGUUGACAGCAUUAUCAAGUUCAACUGGAUAUAACCUAUAUGAAAAUGCACAUGAUGUUCAACCGACAGGCGUGAAACGAUAUGAGAUCAACGAUAUGCUACAAAAAAUUAUGUCAAUUGUAAAUGAGCGACUUGAUGACGCACAAGAAAGAAAACACGCUUUCAAUUCACAUAGUAUGCAACCAGCAUUUUUUCAAGUGUUAUGUGAAAUUAAAGAAAAAAUAGCUAUCAAUCUACGUCAUUUGCCUGAAGAUGAACCAUCCGAUCCUCAAUUAAUGCGUCUUGACAAUAUGUUAAUGGCUGAAGGUGUAUCAUCGAGCUCGUCAACAGCGAUGAAUGCUGUGAACGCUUCAGUGAAUGGCACAAGUGGACACGGUAAUAAUGUAGAUAGUGAUUCAGCUUUGGAUCAUUCAGAUUAUCGUGCAAAAUUGGCACAAAUUCGACAAAUAUAUCAUGUUGAAUUAGAAAAAUAUGAACAACAUUGCAACGAUUUUUGCAGUCAUGUAGUGACAUUACUACGUGAACAGAGUCAAGCUCGUCCGAUUACAGCCCGUGAAAUAGAUCGAAUGGUCGACAUUAUUCGUAAAAAAUUUAGUUCGAUACAAUUACAAUUAAAACAGUCGACAUGUGAAGCUGUUAUGAUUCUACGGUCAAGAUUUCUCGAUGCAAGACGAAAACGUCGAAAUUUUAGCAAAACAGCUACGGAAGUAUUGAAUGAAUAUUUUUAUUCACAUUUGAGCAAUCCUUAUCCAAGCGAAGAUGCCAAAGAAGAACUUGCUCGAAAAUGUGCAAUAUCUGUCUCUCAAGUUAGCAAUUGGUUUGGCAACAAGCGCAUCCGUUAUAAGAAAAACAUAGGUAAAACGCAAGAAGAAGCAAAUAUGUACGCAGCUAAAAUUGCCUCACAAGCUGCUCGACAAGGACGUAGUGGUAGAGAAAGCCCAGAUUAUUAA